AUGACCUCUGCGCGUGAAUCAACCUCGCGACUCCGUCAGACGCUCAAUCCGCUGCGUACAUCGUCACUCACCGGCUUCCAAGGCCAACUGGCUACGCCGCACUCGGCCAUUUCGGUAUCAUCGCCUUAUGCCUAUUCCGCGGUACAAACUCCGGCAAGUUCAAUCCAGCCGUAUAAUCCACAGCAAUGGGCUCCUUCUCCGGCCGUGGAGCGGACACAUCAGUUUCCCAGCCAAGCGCCCCAUGAGCCUCCACAAUCCUCGCCGCUCCCGCCGCCACCGUAUUCACCACCGCGCAGUCAACAACCCGCUGGUGAAGCAUUUGAGACACCACCGCCAAACUCAUCAGCCGCCCGUAUACAGCCGACAGCUGUACAUAGGCCGUCACCCGAGCCUCCGCGUCCUCAGAACUUUCCGCCACCUCCUAAUGCCUCAGGCCGUGGCCCUUCGCGCGAGAGGCGAUUUGGCCUCCCGUCCUUGACCAGGAGACGAGACAGAGAUGCCGCGGAAGCAAGCAGUCCGCCUAGUGCUCAUCCAGUGACUCCAAUAUCGAGGCCUCAGCCACUAUCAAUACAAACGGUCCAGCUGCCCGAGAGGAUUGAGCCCAUGCAAUCAUCUGCGCCUCCCAAUGCUAGAAGAGCCGCCUCGGCAAGUGCAAUUGAGACACCCACAUCUGCCCGAUCACGUUCUUCAUCUCAGUCACGAUGGGCUCCCGGAUUACCACUGCCCCCUCCUCCACCAGGGCCGCCCCCGUCGAACUCCAGGUCCCAGAGUCUGAACAGAACGAUCGAUCCAAAUCCAAUCUUGUCUCCCCCAACAAGAAGACCGCCCCCAACCGGCGUGGCUACUCUUGGGCCAGUCCCCCCAACGCCGGCGGAUUGGGUGGACGAUGAUCGACAGCAGGCGAACCGGGCGGCACAGGCCGGCCUGAGUCUAGACACGUCCAGCGCCUCCAGUGCGGCUUCGCAACCCCCCGAGUCUGCUACUCCUGGGUCAAGUCCGUCGGGUGGUAACCUGACGAGAACCGGUGCUGUUCGAGGGGAAAAGUCGCUCCGCGAGAGACGCAACGAAAGUCGGACCAGACAUACUCGGGGUGAAUCAUCAAGUUCCAACAUUCCCCCCUUGACGGAUAUCCUAGUGCCGCAAGGCGCGGCUAAUUUGUCGCAAAAAUUCUCCGUGAAUAAAGGAACGCCUCGAAGUGGAGGUCGGUCUGCGCACGAUACAACCUGGUCCGGCGACCUCAACAGUGAUUCUAGGAAUUCAACCCCGCGCGUCGAGAGUGCUGGCCUGCAACAUCCCGAAACUCCGACACCACCUUUCUCGCCUCGGCCACAAAAGACUUAUACAGGACUGGAAAAUGCACAGGCGAUUGCACCCAAGGCAUUACCAACCCCUCCGCCUCAGAGUCGAUCAGCAUCCAGUGCAAGCGUGACACGGCCAGACAUGCACAGUUCUAUAAGUAGUCUAAAUAUUGGCCCAGCUCCAUCUACGCCAAUGACCAAACAAAGCGUCAUCAGUCAGACGGCCGACCAGUUUUGCAAAGGCACGAUUGAGCGGUUCCGAAAUUUUGCUGAAAAGGAAUCUGCCGCAGCUUCGGAUGCUGACCGUGUCAAGCUAUUCGCUGAUUUCAUCGUUAACGAAUCUCGCCUACGCAGAGAGCGGUACAAUUCCGCCAUUGGUGCCAUGGGCUCCGAGAUCUUUGAUCUGACCCGGGAUCUUUUCCGGCCAAUGAAAAUGAGGCGCGACUCUGACAGUUCUCAGGCAAGCGAAUGGACACCUCAGGUCUCAGCAACGCUCCCACGGAGCUCGACUGGCUCGUUAUUUGGAAAGGAGCCGGCCAGCCAGCCAAAUUCGGCGCCUGUCUCUGCGGGAGUACCGAUCUCACCGGUUGGACCUCCUCCAAAUGUGAAUUGGAGCUCUGGGUAUAAGCCAGCUCUGUCACCAAUUCUCAGUAUGAGCGUCAGUGAUGCGUUUGAUGAAGCCGAUUCUCGGGGCCGCCCAUCAAGCAGAUGGUGGGAAGCAGACUCGGCGGGUGAGGCCUCAAAUCGAAUGGAGAGGUCGAAACGGGAAUCAAAGUAUAUGGGCGUCCCCAAAGAGGCACGAGAAGCCCUUCAGUGGCGCGAUCCACCCAACAGCGCGGAAGCCUUUGCAAGUUCGAGCAAAGGGUACGGUCCGGAUGAGUACCCAGCAGAGAAAGUUGGAUGGCACGAGCCUGAGCUGUCAGGUACGCCCCAGAACUUUAGGCGAUCGCUGCUCUCGCUUCCCGCCUCGACUCCAAACACGCCCAGCCCUUCACAUGUAGAUGUAUCGCGUCUGGUGACGUUACCACCGCCGUAUCCCCGUCACCAUCCAGCUGUGAACAAUAAUCAUCCAGAACUGACCGAGAUUCGCACGCUUGUACGGACCUUGUCUGAUAUGAAGGAGUUGGAGGAGACAAGAGAGCGCUUCUACAAAGACAGCAAGAGAAUGAGGACUGAAGCAGCCGAUUCUGUUCAAGGCAGUCGACAGACCCUGAGAAUGAAUUUACGUCGCGAAGUUAGUUCCGGAAGCAUGUCCUACGCUGACGCCGCCGCCAUUGAGGCAGAUGCCGCCGAGGUGGAAAAGUCACAGUCCAAAGAACUAGAGAAGAAGGAUUUCGAUCGGUUCCAGACUGGUGUGGUCAUGCCCUUGAAUGAAAUGCUUACUGGCCGCAUUGGACAGGCGACUUCACUAUUUGAUGAGCUGCGAUCGAGACUUUUUGUUGACACACAUACGAGCGAUCCCAAUCUGCCUCAGGAAGAAGGCGACGAGCAGCCAGAGCUCUUGGAGAAAUUGACACUGCUCAAAUGGAUCUUUGAGGCUCGAGAGAUGCUUCACAGGGCGAUUUUUGAUUUGCUGAGCGAACGUAAUGAUCGCUACAAGGAAAUGGCCUUGAUUCCCUACCGACUGUCUGGCAACGACGAGAAACUCCGCAAUGCCGAAGGCUUCUUUGCUGAAGAUGCCGAGAAACGUCGAAUCGCAUUUGCCAAGGAAGUCAUUCAGCGCACCGUCGAGUUCCGCACCGUAGUGGAGGAAAACGUCGAGCGCGGCGUCGACAUGCAGCUGAAUGCCUUUUGGGAUAUUGCGCCUCUACUGAAAAGUCUCCUAGAAAAAGUCCCCACGGACCUGAAAGAUUUCCGCAUACAGAUUCCAGCUCAUGAGUAUGAGGAGAAUCCAGACUACCACCCACAUCCAAUGCAAUAUCUGUAUUCGUUGGUAAUGCAUACAGAGAAGAGUACUUACCAGUUUAUCGAGAGUCAGACAAACCUGCUGUGCCUGCUGCACGAAGUCAAGGAGGCAGUGAUGGGUGCCAAGGCCAAGCUCAGUGAGGCCGAGGGGCGCGAUGGGCAGGUCAUCGAAGAGGAAAAGAAUAGCGAGCAAGUGUAUUUGUCCGACGACCUCAAGGAAAAGGUCCGAGUGGUCCAGAGUCAGUGGACCGAGGGAUUGGGAGAAGGAAUCCGUCUGGUCAAGGAACGGCUCGGCGAGUGGUUGCUGAGUACGGGCGGUUGGGACGAGUCGCUUGAGGAACUCAGCAUCGCAUCCUAA